AAGCGUAGUACACGGGGACUCCGUGCUGCUGGGGCUUCAUACCAAGGUUUCCGGCAAUAACCACAUUACUCCACAUUUUGCCAUGAAUUAAAACAGCUGCAAGUUGUGGGUCUCCAUUAAAGAUGAGCCCGUGGGUGGAAUUACCGUGACGGUGUAUAUAUCUUGAGCAAGUAAGGAUUGUACCCUGGAGUAUCCAAGCUGAUGAUUAAGCGUAGAGGAGCAUAAUUAUGGAUGCUAGCAAAUAGCAUGACCUCACAUUUCAAGGCAACGCCCAACCUUGAAAACUGCCCAAUUUUCGUACGGUGUGCCCCGCCCCGUAACACACCCAAAGCGCCCAGAUCAUCGCAAUCACCAGAGCAGUUGUCCAUCCGAUAUGGUAACUUAUCAUCGUUAGUAGUUAUGCGCAUGGCAGGUGACUUUGCCGUUCAUGUUGAGCUAGGAUAACUCUUAAACAUUUUAUAGGGCGACCGUUCAUGCCAAGCAUCCUAGAGGCGCUGAACUCCUUCAAAAUGUCGUUUAGUAGCUUGUACCAGCGUCUGCUGGUCGCAGCCGGGGCUGUCGCUUUCCUAGUCGUUAAAUGGUUCUGCAGACCCGUGCGACGUCAACCGCCCGUUGAGCCUCAGGCUCAGCCCAUCCAGACAGCGCCUGAGGAAGUGGCGCUGCUCGGAGCUGAUGCGGAUGGAGAUGUAGACUUAGACCCUAGGGACGCUGUAGACGCGGCGCCGAACACGACAGGGUAUGAGGCGCCUGAGCUGUCGCAGCUUGACGGAAAAGAGCAGCUCCACGAUAACGCAGCCGUGGCGCCGGAAGAAGUUAUCAUGGAGCCGGCACAAGUUGUUUCUCCCAUUUCACGGCUCCCUUAUGAGCGUCGUUUACGGGAAAGCGCGGCGCGCCAGGAUUUGCAAGGCAGUUCCAAAGCAUCUGCCAGCGCUGAGAGUGUGGAGCCCCCAACCCGCGACCAGCCAACAGCUGUCAGACCUGUUGAUGAGUUAUAUCUCAGAUCGCUCAUCGAUCAGGAGUUGGGAGUUCCAAAGUUUGCAGUUCGCAAGCCGGCACCAGGCAUCGGGGAGCAGCUGCCGGUAUCUUCCGGGGAUGACCGGUCGCUGCAGGAUCUCCUUGAUCAGGCCUUCGGACCCCCAAGAUUCGCGGUUCCAAAGCCCACUUCAAUCCUGGACGGCGGGGCUGAUAGAGAAGCUUGCAAGGGCCCCGCUCCCGUUCCAGCAACUGCAGCCAGGGAGCCGGUAGGGGCCUGUGCGGCAUCUGGAUCACGGCUUGCAGCGAUAGCUGUAUCCCCAGACGUAGCUCCUACGGGGGGUCUGGUGGGUGUGAAGCGCAGUGCAGCGGAAGAAAUUUCUCGUCAUAUCACUGAUGUGGAGCCGGAUGACGUAGCGCCGCCGGAGCCAGAGGGCUUUAUGAUGCUCACCCUGAGCGUCACACAUGGCCCUGCGUCUGGCAAGCGCAUGGUGGCGGACCCAGCAGGCGAGUAUACGAUUGGGCGGCUGCCGGACUCCUGGCUCCAGAUCAUGGAUCAGGAGGUUUCGGGCCGCCAUGCCGCUGUGCGGUGGGACAGCGCCUCGGGCCGCUGGAUGCUGCGCGACAUGGGCUCUCUGAACGGUACGGCGCUGGCGGGUGAGCCCAUUGGCCGCGAGUACAAGGUACCUGGAGAUGAGCGGCCGCUGUCCCACGGCGACGUCGUACAGCUAGGCAGCGACACGCUGCUGAGGGUGGAGCUGUCAGAGGCUCGGGCGGAGCCCGCGGCCCCCGAGGCGUCGGCGGUCGCGGAGGCCGCCGUCGCGGCCGCCGCGGCCGUGGCCGCGGCAUCGGCGGCCGCCAAGCGGCAUCAUAGCGGCGCAGGCUCUGACGCCGCCUCCGAGUCCUGGAGCGGCAGCAUCCUCCGCAGCCACCAGGAGACAGUGGCGGGGCUGCCGGGGCUGCCAACCCCCGGAGUGCAGGUCGACUGUCCGGAGCUGGGGGCGCGGCUGUACGUCCACAACACGCUGGGGGUCGACCACAAGCGCUUGCGCCAGGGCUGUGAGGACGUGCCGCACUGGGAGCUGCCCUUCGGACCGUACACCGGCGCCGGCAUCGUGUGCGUCUUUGAUGGCCACCACGGCAGCAAGGCCGCCAACCAGGCCAAGGAGUAUCUGCUGCCCGUCCUGCGAUCCAAACUACUGCGCCGCGACGGCCGGCAGCCCCCGCCGUUGCCGCCGCCGCCCCCACCGACGCCGCCGCGGCGAGCCGAGGGCGAGGACGGGGAGGACAUGGUGGAAGCGUACGAUGGCGCCAGUAGCGAUGACGUGCUAGAGGAGGAGCCGGCGGACCGAAGCGGCAACGCUGGCGGUGCCGCCGCCGGGCGAGAGGGUAAUGCGGGUGCCCCCGAUGCGAUAAUGAGCUCAUCCCAGGGGACUGGCCCCAGCGGCGGUGGCGGUGUUAACCAGGACGCUGGCGUCCCGGAGCACGGCGGCGGUACCGCUGCCGUCGGCACGUCGGGGCCCGCGGCUAAUGGCCGCGGCGGCGGUGAUCCGCCGGCGGACGCUGCGCUGGGAGGGAAGGAGGAGGUGCUACCAGUGGAAGAGCUGCCGCCACCGCCGCCGGCGGGGCCGCCGCUGCCACCUCUGCUGCGGGGUCGUGACCCGGAGUCACAGCGGUCGCUGCUGAGGGAAACGUUCCUGCAUGCCGACCAGUUCAUGUCAAUGGGGGAGGGCUGUACCGCCACCCUUGUCAUGAUGGAAUCGGACCCGCAACAGGGAGGCUGGAUGCUGCAGAGCGCCAACGUGGGCGACUCCAGUGCGAUGUUGGUCAACUUCACUCGGGGCAGCUGGUGCAAGCUGAGCGAGGACCACCGCAUCGCCUCAUCCUCCAGCGAGCGGGAGAGGCUGGCGGCUAUGGGCCACAGAGUACGGACCCGCCUGUACGGCCUCAAUAUCAGCAGGAUGCUGGGAGACAGGUUCCUGAAGGAGGAGAACCUUGGCUUCCUGGCAGAGCCCCAUGUGAGCCUGCCCGUACAGGUUGCCCCUGGUGACCACGCGGUAUUGAUAGUGGCCAGUGACGGCCUAUGGGACGUGCUUUCCGAGGAGAGGGUCGCAAGGAUGCUGCUACAGGAGGCAGCCCGGGCCUCCGUCACAUCGCUUCCUCGGUUGCCGCAGCAGGCCGCGGCCGCCCCGCCAUCUGCCAGCUUGGGUUGCCAGACAGUGGCGGACAUGCUGCUUACCAAGGCGCUGCUGCAACGCUCCAAAGACGAUAUAACGCUGCUGUGGAACUGUACAAUAGCUGUGACACAUGCUACGUGUAACAAGUUGGGCAUCCAUUAA